AUGCAUACAUCAGUAGAACAAGCACUGGAACGCUUCUGGAAAUUAGAGAACAUUGGAAUCACGGAUACACCAGAUAAGAACGAGUCCAAUGAUAAAGUCAAGAUGUACCAAGAUAAAUGCAUCGAGUUUCGAGACGACAAAUACUACGCCAAGUUGCCAUGGAAAGAUGACCAUUCUGAGCUACCGUCGAAUUAUGGAAUUGCACUGAAAAGAACCCAAAGUACUAUCAACAGACUAAGUAGCAAACCAGAACUUUUGAAGAAAUACAGUGCGAUAAUUGAAGAACAGGAACGAAAGGGAUUUAUAGAAAAGGUUCCAGAAGAUACAAAAACAUCUUCUGUGCUACAUUAUAUUCCACACCACUAUGUCAAAAAAGACUCCAGCCCCACACCUAUCAGGAUAGUGUAUGAUUGUAGCUGCCGCGAAUCACGUGACAAGCCGAGUCUUAAUGACUGUUUGGAUUCAACGCCACCCAUCUUAAAUGAUUUGACAUCAAUUCUUACAAGAUUUCGAUUACACGAAUUUGCUGUAACCACCGAUAUUGAGAAAGCAUUUCUACACGUUGGUUUACAUGAAAAUGACCGAGAUGCAACGAGAUUCCUUUGGUUAAAGGACCCAAAUAAUGUCAACAGUUCAUUAGUGCCUUACCGUUUCAAGGCAGUGCUCUUUGGAGCCACUUGCUCCCCAUUUAUUUUAAACGCAACAAUUCUGAAGCAUCUAGAGAGCAACAACUCUACAAGUGCAGAUAUUCUGAGGAGAGAUCUCUAUGUGGACAACGUGAUAUCCAGUUUUGCAAAGGAAACUGAUGCUAUUGAGUACUUUCGGGAAUCAAGAAAGAUCAUGAUAGAUGCAGGAAUGAAACUUAGAUCAUGGGCAUCGAACAGUAAGCUACUUCACACAGAAGCCAUGAAUCAUGGAUUACACGACUCGGACGAAGUAAUAAAAUUACUAGGAUUACGCUGGGACCCAAUGAACGACAAACUGUCAUUUGCGAAACGAGAAAUACCAAACCUUGAGACCGUUACAAAGAGAUUGAUACUACAAUACUCAUCACAAAUAUACGACCCACUUGGUAUCCUGAGCCCAGUAACAGUGAGAGCCAAGCUAUUGUUACAGUUACUUUGGAAACAAAAAUGUGAAUGGGACAGCCCAGUACCAGACGAAAUUUGUAAGACUUGGAAUUCUCUUGCAAAUGAUCUGAACAUCGCAUCAUCAGUUCAAUUUCCGAGGAAAUAUUUCAACAAGGUGGACGGUGAAACAACACUACACAUCUUUGCAGAUGCUAGUACCAAGUCCUAUGGAGCCGCUGCUUAUAUCUGCAAUAGAAGCGAAUCAAAAUUAGUCAUGGCCAAAAAUAGAAUCGCACCACUUAAAUCACUCACACUUCCUCAAUUAGAAUUGAUGGCAGCACUAAUCGCCGCAAGAUUAGGAAAUCAUCUGCAAAACUCAUUACCUGAAAUGAAUAUUGUCUACUGGUCAGACAGCCAAAUCGUGUUGCACUGGUUGUCUAGCAAAAAACUGUUGAAAAAAUUUGUAGCAAACAGAAUAUUUGAAAUUCGCGAAUUAUGUAGUGCAUUCACAUGGAAAUACUGUCCAACACAUGACAACCCUGCUGAUCUGCUGACCCGAGGACUUGAUGCAACUUCAUUCAUGAACAGUACAUUAUGGAAAUAUGGACCGUCAUGGAUUUGCAACAGAGAGGCAUGGCCAUGUUGGAGCCCACAACCGACCUCGGUACAUUCGGUAGUGGACACAGAAGAGGAAUGCACGACAACGUCAAACGACUUUACUACUAACCCUGAAAAUAUUCUGAACAUCGUUGACGUAUCAAAAUUCAGCGAUUCCAAAAAACUACUACAUGUAGUUGCAUUUGUAUUGCGAUUUGUGAAAAAUUGCCGAGUUCACACAUCCGACAGAGAAUUCAACAGUUUAACAUCCGAAGAACUUCACAGAGCUGAAAAGAACUUGAUAAAAGGAUGUCAAAAGAACGCAUUUUCCAAUGAAAUUAUGAAAAUGAAUUCCAAUGGAGCCAAGCCAUCUCUUAUUAGACAGCUUCGUCUAUUUCUUGAUACGGAUGGAUGCAUACGCUGUAGAGGUAGGAUUUGCUAUGCCGAAAUAGACAACGAGACGAAGAACCCUUAUUUACUACCAAAGAAGGACGCGUUUACACACUUGAUCAUCAGAGAUGCUCAUCAGCAGAGUGGCCAUUCUAGCACGAAUGCAACAGUGUCAUACAUCCGACAAAAGUUUUGGAUACCAGCCAUCAGACAAGCUGUAAAAUUUGUCACGCGGAAUUGUGUGAUUUGCAAAAUUGUACAUGGAAAACACUAUUCCUCACCAGAGCUGCCGCCUUUACCCUAUUUUCGUACGGAGGAAUCAGCGCCAUUUACGAGUACAGGCGUAGACUUCACAGGAGCUUUAUUCGUCAAGGAACGGAACCGAAGAGAAUCUAAAGCUUAUAUUUGCCUAUUUACGUGUGCCAAUACAAGAGCAGUUCAUCUAGAGACAGUCAGUGAUUCAUCCGAACAAUCAUUUUUACGGGCGUUCCGUAGAUUUGCAAGCCGAAGAUCCGUGCCUAAGCUAAUCAUCUCGGAUAAUGCGCCAACUUUCAAGUCUGCAGCGAAUUACCUGAAGCAGCUGUUUGAAUCUAAAACUCUUAAAGAGGAACUCGCAGAUAUGGGAGUUAACUGGAAAUUCAUUCCGAGGGCAGCUCCAUGGUAUGGAGGCUUUUGGGAGCGACUCAUCGGAAUUACCAAAACAACACUGAAGAAAAUAAUCGGCCGUUCAUACAUCGAUUUAGAAACUCUACAAACUGUAGUAACAGAGGUUGAAGCGAUAGUUAAUGACCGUCCGUUAACAUACGUUUCAUCGAACCUAGAGGAUCCAGAGCCACUUACACCAUCACAUCUACUGUACGGAAGAAGAUUGACUUCCUUACCAUACCCGACAGAGGACCAAGAGAAUUCAAGCGAUUUUCACCCAUUGACUUGCCGUCGUCUAAACCAACGUCUGGAUAAUCAGAGUACUAUCUUAAAUCACUUUUGGAUCCGCUGGAAGAGAGAAUAUUUAACAUCACUCAGAGAGUACCAUACAGCAAAUGGAAGCAGGUCGCAGAAAAUUAAAGUCGGUGAUAUUGUCCAAAUCCAUGAGGAGAAACCUCGGAUCAUGUGGAAACUAGCUGUCGUGGAGGAACUCAUACAGGGGAGAGACGGAUUCGUUAGAGCUGCCACUUUACGAACCAAAAAUGGACUUACCAACAGACCAAUUGUGAAACUAUAUCCAAUCGAAGUGAAUGAGAACGAACUUAAAAAUACUAUCUUCUGA